AUGACCCAGGUAGCUCUAGGGGUAUCAGAGUUGAGUCGGUACUACUCUGAUGGAGGUCCGCGAGCGGCUCAUUCAUGUGAUGUGAUCGAUGGCAGCUUAUACAUUUUCGGCGGUUGGAACGGGAAGAAGGCACUGAAUGAUCUAUACGUCCUUGACAUUCCUACCUUCCACUGGUAUGAAGUUGUCAUGCCUAGAGGGACUCCUCUGCCAGCGGCCAGGAAUAACCACACAACGGCUGUGGUAGAUGGUAGACUGUUCAUUCACGGUGGUCACGAUGGUGGUAAGUGGUUGGCCGAUACCCACGUCUUGGUGAACCUGGACUAUCCAGAGCAUCGUCUAGCUGGGCAGCAACUUCAGCAACGUCUACGACAUGACCUGCCGGCUUCCCCUCAGCUUCAAAGGACAUUAUCCAAGUGGAUCUCCAGCAGGGUUGUACCCUCAGCUUCAGCAGGGAUCAGCUUCAAGGCAUGGCACUGGGGAUCCGGGAUCGACUGUGAGCGUUUCAUUGGCACUCGUUGCUCUUGGCAUCAGCUAUUGAUCAAGAAGAGGAAGAUGCGUCGGUACGUUCGGUGCCUCGAGUGCUACUGUGCCAUUUGUGGUCAGGUUUUGCCUAUCACCAAUUCAGCCUACAGGAGUCUGCGCUGGAUUAAGGCGAUAACUAGUGGUCAGCCUCCUUCUGCUCGGGCAUGCCAUACACUGUCACGACUCAACAAGAAGCUGUAUAUGUUUGGCGGAUAUGAUGGUCAGAAGUGCUUCAAUGACAUGGAUGUCCUCGACCUCGAAACGAUGACCUGGAUCCAGCCGAACGUCUGUGGUCAGCCUCCAAUGGCAAGAAAUGCGCACACUAUGACGGUUGUUGGUACGAAGCUUUAUCUGUUUGGUGGUCAUAGUGGUAAUAAGCAUCUCACAGACCUUCAUGUCUUCGACACUGCCAAUUUACUUUGGUAUCAGCCUAGCAUUCUUGGAGCACCUCCUCCGGGAUUGCGAGGGCACACUGCUAACUUGAUAGGGAAGAAGAUCUUCCUCUUUGGUGGGUACGAUGGCAAGGGCCGAUCGAACGACCUGUAUAUACUGGACACAGGGUAUCCUGGUGGCUUCUCACCCAGCACUGGUGAUGUUAGUGGAUCGGCUGUUCACAGGCAUUCGGCAUGUCUGGUGGGUUCUGCGAAGUUGUAUGUAUUUGGUGGCUUCGACGGUGUACGCUGGUUGAACGACCUCCACGUUCUCGAUGUUACUCGGUUAGAAGAAACUGAACUCUCGGAGGGAGCGGUAGCAGCCCUAUUGACCAACCUCCGAGGCCUCCUCAACAAUCCUGAGUUCAGUGAUGUUACUUUGAUCAUCGGCGAUACUGGCGAGCGUGUUUAUGCCCACAAGGCGAUACUGGCAUCUCAGUGCAGUCACUUCAGAGCGAUGUUCACAGGAGGCAUGAAGGAAUCGAGGGAGCGAGAGGUCAAGUUGACUGGCUGGUCGUACGAGGCAUUCUCGGUCAUGCUCGAGUUUUUGUAUACUGGUAGAGUUGCACACCAUAAACUAGACACGGCCAGCAUGGCAGAAGUGUUGGGCUUGGCUGACCACUAUGCGUUGGAUGGUUUGAAGCACCUUUGUCAAGCCGUCCUCAUCCACAUGGUUGAUGUCGAUAACGUGUGUACUCUUCUGAAAAUUAGUGACCAACACCAGGCAGUCGACCUCAAACGUCACUGUAUGUCAUUCGUCCUGAAAAACUUCGACCAGGUAACGGCUCUCCCUUCGUUCGAUCAGCUUUCCUCGGUACCAAGCCUGUUAUUGGAAGUGACUAAAGCGGCUGCACUGGGCCAUGGUAAAUGA